CGAUUUACUGUAUAUUUCAUGACAUGUGCUUUGGAUAAAAACAUAUCAUUAAUAAUAUAAUUAUUAUUAUUGUCUUCAUUUGAUGCCAAUUGUGUCAAACAAUUAAUUAUUGAAAUCAUAAAGUUAACAAAAUAGCGGUCAAAAUGAAGAAUAAAAAUAACAACAGAAAAAUAAAAGAAGAAGAAGAAGUGGAAGAAGUAGAAGAAGAUGAUGACAGCGACGAUGAAAGUAUGGAGUUUAGUGAACGAAGAAGCGAUAAAAAACCAAUUGGUGGUAAUAUGAUGUCGACAAACAAAAUGUCUUUAAAUAGCAGAGAAACUAAUCCAAAGAAACCAUUGGAUGACGCAUCUGAAGAAAGAACUAUAUUUAUUAGAAAUCUUUCGUUUGAAACCACCGGCGAAACUCUCAAUGAAUUUAUGCAAACAUUUGGCGAAACAUUGUAUUGCAAGUUAUGUAUCGAUCGGAUGACCGAACACUCGAAGGGAACAGCAUUUGUCAAGUUUAAGAACAAAGAGGACGCCGAUCGGUGUCUGGAAUCGUCAUCGGCUGACGAUAAUGACAUGUAUUUAGAUGGUCGACAACUUUUUAUGUCGAUGGCUGUCACCAGAAACAAACUUAAGGACAUUCAGGAAAAGCGAUCCGAAAAGGAUAGAGAUAAACGAAAUCUUUAUUUAGCCAAAGAAGGUCUCAUAUAUCCGGAAUCAACUGCGGCUGAAGGCGUAUCACAAUCUGAUCUCAAAAAACGAUUAGCGUUGGAAACUCGUAAACGAAAAAUGCUUCAAAAUAAUCACCAUUUUGUUUCCGAUACGCGACUCUGUGUCCAUAAUCUUCCUCUUGAUUGCGAUAACAAGAAAUUGAGAAAUAUUUUUGUUGAGGCAGUCAGUGAUAAAUCAGCGAAGAUAACUGAGUGUAGAGUAAUGUACGACAAGAAGAAAAAUGAGAAGAAAUUCGGUAAAUCAAAGGGAUUUGCUUUUGUUGAGUUGAGUCAACACAUUCACGCACUCAAGUGUUUAAGACAAUUGAAUAAUAAUCCCAACAUAUUUACACCACAAAAGCGACCAAUUGUUGAAUUUUCUAUUGAAAAUAAAGUGGCGUUAAAUAAGAAGAAACACCGAAUGGAAAAACAGAAAAAUAAUUUGUCAAAGACUGUAGARAACAAUGAGAAGACUAAUAAUAAUAAGAAUAAUAAUAAGAAUAAUAAUAAUAAUAAUAAUAAGAAUAAUAAUAAUAAUAUUAAACAACAAAAGCGUAAAGAAGUGGACAAUUCCGAAGAGUUACCCGAAGAGGACAUCGAUUACGGCGGACUUAUGUCCCGACCMAACAAACAAAAUGAAAAAAUUAAAACACCGAAAGUGAAUAAAAAGUUGGGAGAAAUGCAAAAACAAUUGAAAAUUAGGAAAAAACUAUUAAAGAAGGAUAAGAUUAAAACRGAAAACAAAUUGAGACACAAACAGAAAUUAGAGAAAAGAAAAACUAAUAAAAAUGAAACAAAAGAAAUACAAGACUUACAUGACUUGCAUUACAGGAAAAGAAAGAAUAUAUUCAAAGUUAGUGACAAUAAUAAUAAUAAUAAACAUAUUGUUGUUUCUAAACCUAAUAAACGAGUUAAAUGGUAUAUACAAUAA